CUACAAAUGGGAAUGACAGGCUACACUUUGUGUCCGAGCAUACACCCUUGGGUCUUCUACCACGAAGACGACCUACCUCUGAAGAGGCUGUUUAUGAAUCCCUCUGUUAUGUGACUCUCAAAUCUAAGGAGUGGACCAGAAGGUGAUCUCAUGAACCAGAACAUGAGGGCAUUUGAAGAAGAUGACGACCAUCCAUUCAAAGUCGAGAAAAUAUACGCAGAACUCAAACUCUGCAUUCCACACCCUCGGCAGUGGGAGUAUUAUGAAGAAAACAUAUACGAAGAGCCUUUUGACUUCGAAUUACCAUAUAGUUCUUUGGAAGAUAAUAAGGAGGCACCCAAAACUUGGCCAAAGGAAAAGCGUGAUCUUUGUCUUCAAGAACUGGUAGAAACGGAGAGCAACUAUGUUGAUGCACUUCACAUGCUUUGCAACAAGUUUUACAAGCCUUUAGGAAAAUUAAUAAGCGAAGAACAACUGAAGAAAAUAUUUUGUAAAAUUCCGGAAAUGGCCCGAAUACACAGUAUGAUACAUGAGGGGCUUACAGAGGCACAGAACAACAGCCAUACAAAAACUGUUUCUAAAGUAUUCAUUGACAACCAGGAAAGGCUACUCGUUUAUGGGGAAUAUUGUGCUAACCUCACUACUGCUCAACAAGAACUGGAAGAUAUCAUGAAUAACAAUGAAAGAAUUAGAAGUGUAAUUCAUGAUUAUCAACAAGAAGUAAGUGACGGAAGGCAUCAGUUGCGGGAAUACCUGGUUGUGCCUCUUCAACGGAUCCUUAAAUACCAUCUCUUGCUACAUGAGCUUGUGCGUCACACUCAAUCUACUCACAGUGACCUGGAAAAUCUUAAAAGAGCUCAUGAAGCAAUGAUGGACUUAGCUGAAUAUAUCAACGAAGUGAAACGUGACAACGAAAUGCUUCAAAUAAUAAAAGAUCUCCAGACAAGUAUUAUGGACAUGCCUAAUGAUAUCAGUAAUUUGGAAGACCUUGGAAAACUAAGAUAUGAUGGAGAAACCAAAAUUGAAUGUCACCCAGAUCCCAUUAAAAAGAGAUAUGUAUUUGUGUUUGACAAAGUUAUGGUCAUCUGCAGCAGACAAGCAAGGAGAUUAUCCGAGCUGUUCAUAAGCCCUAGUUCGAAUAGAUGGUCUUUUGGGGAGGUGCCAACAGAGGAUGAAAAGUAUGCAUUCAAGGACUGGGUUCAACUGAAGAACUGCAAGGUGCAGAACACAGUUGUUGGUGGGGCCCAUGGCAGUGGUACAAAAACUAAGCAGAAUAGCUUUUAUCUGGUAGUUAAUGGUAACGAGAAGGCAUACACCAUCGUCGCCAAGGAUAGUGAUGCCAAGGAGAAAUGGAUGAAGAACAUAAGUGAAGCCAUAGAGUAUCUGAACCCUCCUGAGAACAGUGCACUGAGUCAUGAAUUUUCCAUCACCACCUUUACAAAACCAAACACUAGAUGUAGUAUAUGUCAUAAAUUGCUCAAAGGAACCAUGUUUCAGGGAUACCAGUGUGCAAGAUGCAAGAAAAUAGUUCACAAGUCAUGUAUGAGUAGCCUAGGACAGUGCCAUGGAUGUGUUCCACCACCACCUGUGCAACGCCCAGCUCCUGUGCCAAAUCCCAUCAGUGUUCUCCCAGCAUCAUGGUUUCCUGGCUAUGGGAAUCUCGAAAUGCAAGAAAAUCCCUGGUGGGCCGAGAGGAUGACACGCGAUGAUGCUACGGUUCAUUUGGGAUUAUCUCCGGAUGGAACAUUCCUCCUCCGCUGGUCUGACCGAAAUGAAAAGCUUGUCUUGUCACUAAAAGCACUGGGUGAGGUGAAACAUAUGAGAGUUUUUCGACAAGAUGAAACUGGCUUUUUUUACUUAAGUGAAGCUCGAUUCUUUAGAACCAUUGGGGAGCUCAUCAACUUCUACAGACAGUCACCACUCUCUGAAAGCUUUACUGGGUACAGUAUAUAUUUUAUACUCUUAGUUAAUUAGAUUCUUUAAUUUCUAUGAAAGUAGCAUCCAUUUACCUC